GGGUCUUCCCAUUUCCCGCUUCCUAGAAUAGAGUAGACAGACAGACCCUCGAUUAUGCCGAGGCGCAGUGCCUGCGACUGACCAAUGGAAUGCCCCGAGAGACCAGCAACCCUCUAGGCUUCGUGUGUGAGAUUGAGCGUGUCGCGGAUAGUCCCUAGGUUCCAGUACCCCAACACGAAAGCCUUUUGGAGCCUCGCAUCGCUUUUCGUGUGCCACACGAUUUGACCAGACGAUCAUAUUAGUCCGACGGACGACACACGAACGAACGACUAGCUAUAAAACGAGGAACGAGGCCAUGUUUGCUAUGCAUUCGAGUAGGCUUCGGCGCCGCUAUUUCUCGGAUUCCGCCAAUUUCAUCCUCCAGAACCCCUUCACUCCUCCCCCUUCUCUUGCUUGAGACAUCAGGCACCAUAAAGCCACUAUAUCAGACGGACGUAGAGCAUUUGCUUCUAGUCGGCGACCGUCUGACGGACCUCUGGCUCCGGCUUUCGAGGUACCUACUCUAAGCUCCACGAUUUCUCCCUGUGAAAUUUGCGGCGAUUGUUACGAUUACGAGGCUCUGGUGCCCUAUUGCCGACCCUGUACUCGCCUUAUCAGCUGCUGUGCCGACUGCAGCAUUUGGGGAAACCUCUCGGUCUCCUGCUAGUAGCUCGGCCUGUAACCGCUUGAGUUUCCCACAAUGCGUCCAGGUUCAGUGCUUCGCGUGAUGCUCGACAGCCUCUGUACAGUCACACUAGAUACUCGGCAUUUCUCGGUAGAACGUCAAGACCUCUGUACAGUCACACUGCCUGUCAGCCACUCAGAACAACGUUCCAAGUACCGUGCCAGAGGAGCGAGAUGCCGAGCCUCCGGACAAGGUUCGAGCCGAACCUCAUCCUUCGCUCUGUUCACCCAGCUCCUCCUCCUCGUUUCACUCUCCCUCUGUACAACUUUCCGAGGCUCGCUUGCAUCUGGCACCGCCAGCGGCGCCGGCCAGCCACACAAAAACUCCCUGCCUGAUCCCCGUCCGGACGGGAAGAGCAUAGGCGCCUAUCAUCUCGGUCCGUCAGAGGCGGAGGGCGUUUCUGAGUGGAUCGGGGAACGGCGCUCGCUGCUCGGCUUGUGGGGGUCCAAGAAACCACAGCAGGUGCACAUAGCCUUAGCCGGACCCAACAGCAUCCGAGUCAUGUGGUCAACGUCUCGCCGCAACGCACCAUCUGUGGUGGAAUUUGGGGUAAAUUCUGGGCAAUACACCAGCAAGGCGAAGGGGAAGUCUUCCAGCUACACCUUCCUGACCUACUGGUCCGACCAGCUUCACAGCGCAGUGCUAUCGAACCUUGAACCAGCCACCGCCUACUACUAUCGCAUUGCCGGGGAGGGGCCGGAACGAUCCUUUGAAACGCCGCCUACCGAUGCCGCUGCUGAUGUCAGCAUCGCUGUUGCUGGCGACAUUGGUCUCUCCAACGCAGCUCGCACCACCCUAGAGCGCAUCGCCCAGCAGCCCCACGCCCUCACCCUCGUCCCUGGAGACCUCUCCUACGCCAACGGCUUCCAAUACCUGUGGGACAGGUGGCAGAGGCUGAUUGAGCCAGACGCCAGCACGCACCCCUGGAUGGUAGUCCCUGGGAAUCACGAAUCCGAGGCACUUAGUGGGAUCAGCCCCAAGGGGUUCGAGUGGCCCGGGUUUCUUAAGCGAUCCGCUUUGCUAAACAGCGGUGCUUUUUUAUCGUAUAAGAAGCGGUGGGUCAUGCCUUCUGCUGCUAGCGGGUCACCCUCCAAGCUGUACUACUCGUUUGAAGUGGCCGGGGUGCAUUUCGUCGUCCUCUCCUGCUACUCCCCCUUCGGGCCCAACUCCAAGCAACAGAAAUGGCUGCAGAAAGACCUAUCCAGUGUGGACCGAUCGAAGACCCCUUGGUUGAUAGCAUCGCUGCACGAGCCGUGGUACCACUCCAACACGGACCACCAGACAGAUGGACAGGCCAUGCGGAAAGCUCUGGAAAAGACGCUCUACGCCGCCCGCGUUGACAUGCUGAUCACCGGCCAUGUGCACGCAUAUGAGAGAACGACUCGCAUCUACAAUGGUCAGGAGGACGCCUGUGGGAUCAUUCACAUCACCGUGGGGAGUGGGGGGAAGGACCUCUAUCCUAGCUUCACCUCCCCUAAGCCCGCAUGGUCGGCCUUCCGCCAGGCAGCCUUUGGCUUUGCUAUGUUGAAAGUGGAUGGGGCGAGUGCAGGGGAGGCGGAUUGGGAGUGGUACCGCAAUACCGACUCCCCCUCCGUUGCUGCUGAUUCUGUUCGCCUUGUGAGCCUUGCUAGUGCCUCUGCUCCUGCUGAGUGUAAACCUGCUUGAUAAGUGUUUUAACAGCUUUGUACAUAGCUGAUAUCAGGCUGUUAUCCUUCCUGUUGGAAAUGAUAAAAGAAUUUACCGUAAUCCCGACCUUGCUAGGGAUUCGAUGUCAACUUAUACAUCUGUUAGUAUGUCGAAUUUAUAGGCUAGAUAGGGUAUGUUCUUAGAGAGUACAACUCCAAUCCUAUACCU